AACAUAGUGUAUGCUUAAAUCGGAUACCCGGUACAAGUAACUAGCAUGUUUGCUUAUGUCGGGUACCCGGUAUCAACGCACCUGCUCAGGUCAAACGCGGUGACACGCAGAUAUAUGGCAAUCGCUCCCUCCUCCCAGGCUCCUACUGUCUGCCUACUUGUGGGGUGGAAGUAGAGAUAAACGGGGCCCAUAGUUUUUCAUCGUCCAUGGAUUCCCAACAUUCCUUUCUUCACCUAACUGACUUAAUAGAAAUUUGCACCCUCGAUAAUAUGGCGAUCGCUCAGGCUGCUUGUGAGAUGGACGCUGAGUUAAUUUUUCCAUCGUUCAUGGACUCCAAUUCCCAACAAACAGGUAGCAAUCCUCUUGCUAAACCUUGUGAACAAGCUGGGACCUCAUGGUCUGACAGUAACCCUAAUGUUUGGAGGAACACAACUCUGAAUGGAAAUUCUCUUUUUAGGCCUGUACCGAGGCAGGGGGGGCAGCAAACAGAUGAGAGCUUGUUUGGAGUUGCAGGACCUUGCGCACAAACUGGGACCUCUUCGUCUGGCCCUAUACCUUCAUCUUUGGGAUCUUCGGGAGGAAGUGCUUGGAGGUCUGUUCCGACUAGCCAGGGGGGGCAGCAAACAAACAGGAGCUUGUAUGAAGGUAUCUUUCAAUCUCUUUAAAUAUGUGUUUACUUCUGCAGGCAUGUAUUUAGGCAUGCUUGUUAUUUUUAUUUAGGCGCCAAACAGCAGGACAACAUCACCACAUCAUCUACACUGAUACCCUCGCCUCAGCACAGUAAGUCCCCUCUGUGGCAUCUUUUUUUUUUAAAAAAAAAAGGAUGAUAAAGAAUGACAAU